GAUAAUUGUUGACUUCAGUCUACUAAAAGAGCUUUGUUGUAAACAUCAACUUUAAAUCUGCGGUUCUAUCCAGAAAUGGAGGAAUUCGAGAGUUUUAAAAAACGAAGCGGAACCACUGACAGAGGAAAAGAAUACGAGGAUGUGGUUCUCGCUUUUGUUAUCCUAGAACUAGUAAAAGACGUCGCAACAAAGAACUUCCAUAUUUCGUCAAAUGAAGAAGGUUUCGGAGCUUUUGAUGACAUAGUUAUCAAGACUGAGUCGGAUACGGGAAACACAAUAAAAGUAGUGCAGCUAAAACACUCCGAAAAUAAAAUAUUGUCCACAAAAAAUUUAGAAACCAAAACAGGAUACUUCAGCAUUAGCAAAUAUUUCAAGGCCUUUCAAGAAAUUAAGAAAGACGCAAGCGAGUUAAUAUUAUUUACUAACAGACCUUUCAAGUGUGACGACAAUACAACAAUUCAACUGGAAGAAGAAGAAUUUUAUGUUAAACUUGUUAAAGUAAAAUCUGCUUCAGAACUUUCAGAGAUAGAUUGUGCGUAUCAGUUUAAGAUAGUAGAAGAAGAUUGGAAUGUUGAAAUGCGUCUCAAAAUUCGAGAAUAUGAAAGGUUUUUUAGUAAAUUUUAUCUGUACACCGAUCAAAAAAAAGUUGAAAGCCUGAAAAAAAGUGUAGCUGAAAAAUUCAAAGCAACAUAUUGUUCGGAUGAGGAAAUAUUCGAAAAAUUCCUCAAAAGACUGUCUGAGUGGAAUAUCCAAGAUGGGAACAAAGAAAAGCUCAACAAAAAGUGGAUGGAGCGUGUAAUUGCUCUACUGCUUCUAUCUGCCCACCUCGAACUCGUAUGUUCUGGCUCAGUUAAUGUCAACUCUGUUAACGAUAAAAUAAAAAUAUUUCGAGAAGCCGUUUCUUUCUUCGACAUUACGCUAUUUGAAACAGGAUCGUACGAAAAGCUAGUACCAGUGUGGGAUGACAUUCGAAAAGAAGAAAACUUAGACUUUACAGAAUUAAACAAAUUAAGAAAAAGGUAUUUCCCAACCGUCAGAUAUAUUGAUAAAAAAAAUAUCGACAAAAUAGAUCCCAGAAUAUUUAUUCAACUCUUUUGGUUAACGGACAAGUGUCCAUUAAUAAUACGUCAACAUAAGAACGUCGAAAAAGCCAUUGGGCUCUGUCCCGACAAAAAGUUCAUCCUAAUUGGUGAAGGUAAGAUUGAGGAGUGGAUGAAAAAUUAUUCCGUGUUCCAAAAUGUAUCAAAUUUGAAUCGGAACCCUGACUUGCGCGAAAGGGUCAUGCAAAAUUUUACCGUAUCAGUCCAAGGGAAGGGAGAACUAAAUCUUGUAACAACUUACGAAAAUAGCGACGAAUUCUUAGAAAGUAUCAGAACAGAUGACUUAGUGGAAAUGCUAAACGGUCCGUGUUAUAUAGGCGGAAAAAAAGAGAUUCUUCCGGAACCUUACAUUGACCGCUAUCUUUCCCUAAAUGUUAUUGAUAUUAAAUACCUAGAAAAAUCCUGGGAAAACACAAUUGUUGUUUUGAAUUGCGCGAAUAACUUUGAUAAAGUCAAAAACAAACUCAACAACUGUAAAUUCAUUGAAACCAAUAACUUCUUACCGUUAAAAAAUCAGAAUUUUGAAAAUCAAACAAAUGAAAAACUUCAUGUGUCUAAAUGUAAUACAAUCCAACACGAAGUUAAUUUUAACUCGGGAAAGUCAAAUUUUACCAAUACAGUUUAUGUGGGUAAUAGCAAUUUUAGUGAUUUAGAACUAGAACAAAUUUACAUCGAAAAUAGAGAAGCCAAACAAAUUCACUAUUUUAAACUUUCCAAAGAUUGUAAUUUAGAAUGGAUUAAAAGCAGAGGUGAUGUUAGUGAUUUAGAGGUUUAUAAGUUAUCUGACAAAUACUGUACGAACGAAAAUGAAUUAUGGUGUUCUCGGUUAGAUAAUAACAUAAAUCUAAUAUCUGGUGAUCCGGGAAUAGGUAAAUCUGAGAUAAUGAAAAGCUUCAAAAAUAAAUGUUCACCGAAAUAUUGGACAAUUAUGAUUACUCCUAACGAUGUGCACUCAUUUUUUGACAGUUCUAAGUUACCUGAAACCACCAACUAUACGGAUUUAUUUGAAAAAUUUAUCGUAAAUGAAAAAUGUCAGUCACUCAAAAAACUCGAACAAAGAUUUUUCGAAAUGUGCGUACAGAAAAACAAUGUUGUUUACGUGUGGGACGCGCUGGAUGAAAUUCUACAAGAGCAUUUAGAAUCCGUUUCGAGAAUAAUCCUCGGUUUCUCAACGAAAGGUUUCCUUCAGUGGAUUACUAGUAGGAGACAUCUAAAACCAUUUCUAGAAAAAAAAUUCAGUUUGUUAGCUCUUAGUAUAAAUCAGUUUGACGAACAGGAACAACAAAAUUACAUUAGAAAACGUUUAGCUUCUUUCAUUUCUGUAGAUGAAAUUGAGAUGGCCAUUGAAAAAAUCAGAUCAUCGUUCGCGAUUAUCGAACACGUUAACAUUUUGGGAAUUCCGCUCCAAAUCUUUAUGGUUACGGAACUGUUUCGUCAAAACAAAGACAAAUAUUUGAAACUGAUGGAAAAUAUAUUUCUUUUGACUGAUUUAUACGAAUACUUCAUUGAAGAAAAGUUUAAUAAUUUUUACAAAGAUAAAUUGGGGUUUAAUUUAAAAAAUCCUCACUUGGUUAGUAGAAUUCGCAAAGAAAAACAGGGAAUUUUAGAUAAUUACGAGAGAGUGGCACUUAAAGUAAUAUUUUCGAAAGAAAUACUAAAACAAUUAAAUGUCUCCUGUGAACAACAGAAAGACGAAAAUUUAAAAGAUUGUGUAUCUAUUGGUCUUGUGAGUGAAUUCGAAAAUGAUGUGCCACAUUUUGUUCAUGGUUCUUUUGCCGAAUACUUAGUUGCUACAUACUUUUCGAAAAAUUUUAAUGCAAUUAGGGACAUACUCGGGGAUGUAAUAUUUGAUUCAAAGUAUAAUAAUGUUCGGUUCUUUUUCGACAUGUUGUUAGCCAAGAACUCUGAAGCUCACAUUUCAGUGUUAUACAAACAUUACGAAUUACUUAAAACGUUCGAUGACGAAACAUUAACACGCAAAGAUAAGGGUGGUAGAAGUGCUUUACAUGUGAUUUCUUCAUGGGGACAAAGACAUCCCCAAGUAAAAAUAACGGUUUUAAAUGGGGAGUGUAUUGUCCACGAAGAUAACAAUUUUGAUAAAAAAGCAGAAACCGAAGCAUAUUUUGAAGCGGUAAGGUUUUUACAAAACAAAGUGAUUGUUGACGAACACGAUAUCUUGCUGGAUAUGACGCCGGUGGCUUAUGCCAGAAAAAGUGAGAGCUUAGGGGCGGAAAUAAAAUUUCUUCAAAUCAAACGAAGCGAUUUGAACCAUCAAUUUCUCACUCUUGAUGUGGUAAUUAAUAUUUUAUAUUAUUCUUCUUUACUCGGUUAUGACGAAGUGUGUGAACUUUUUACAGUCCAAGAGAAGAAGGGAAAAAACCGUUGGGACGAAAGAAAAUUUGUUACUGCGAAACGUGGUGAAACACCUCUUUUCUUGGCAUGUAAAGGUGGUUAUCUAAAAAUCGUCAAGUACUUAUUACAAUUUAGUGAGGAAACCAACCACCCCAAUGAGAUUGUUGAGAGACUUCUUCACGAGGCGUCCGAAAACAGCCUUAAAAACGCUUUCGAAGAUUUGUUGAAAACCGGCGCAGAAACCAAUCGCAGGAGUGUUGACAGUUUUCUCAAAUGCUCGGUGAAGGCAGGCACCGAAAUCAAUCGCGCUGAUAAAACCGGUGCGACACCACUUUUCAUAGCUUCACAAAAUGGUCACGAAAAAGUUGUAGAGUACUUGAGGACAGCUGGUGCCGAAAUCAAUUGCGCUAAUAAUAACGGUUGGACACCACUUCACAUUGCAUCACAAAUUGGUCACGAAAAAGUUGUAGAGUACUUGACGACAGCUGGCGCCGAAAUCAAUCGCACUGAAAGUAAGGGUUGGACACCACUUCACCUAGCUUCACAAAAUGGCCACGAAAAUGUUGUAGAGUACUUGACGACAGCUGGCGCCGAAAUCAAUCGCACUGAAAGUAAGGGUUGGACACCACUUCACCUAGCUUCACAAAAUGGCCACGAAAAUGUUAUAGAGUACUUGACGACAGCUGGCGCCGAAAUCAAUUGCGCUAAUAAUAGAGGUUUGACACCACUUCACAUAGCUUCACAAAAUGGUCACGAAAAAGUUGUAGAGUACUUGACGACAGCUGGCGCCGAAAUCAAUCGCACUGAAAAUAAGGGUUGGACACCACUUCACCUAGCUUCACAAAAUGGUCACGAAAAAGUUGUAGAGUACUUGACGACAGCUGGCGCCGAAAUCAAUCGCACUGAAAGUAAGGGUUGGACACCACUUCACCUAGCUUCACAAAAUGGCCACGAAAAUGUUGUAGAGUACUUGACGACAGCUGGCGCCGAAAUCAAUCGCACUGAAAAUAACGGUUGGACACCACUUCACAUAGCAUCACAAAAUGGCCACGAAAAUGUUGUAGAGUACUUGACGACAGCUGGCGCCGAAAUCAAUUACACUGAAAUUGACGGUUGGACACCACUCCACAUGGCAUCACAAAAUGGCCACGAAAAUGUUGUAGAGUACUUGACGACAGCUGGCGCCGAAAUCAAUUGCACUGAAAAUAAGGGUUGGACACCACUUCACCUAGCUUCACAAAAUGGCCACGAAAAUGUUGUAGAGUACUUGACGACAGCUGGCCCCGAAAUCAAUCGCACUGAAAAUAAGGGUUGGACACCACUUCACCUAGCUUCACAAAAUGGUCACGAAAAAGUUGUAGAGUACUUGACGACAGCUGGCGCCGAAAUCAAUCGCACUGAAAGUAAGGGUUGGACACCACUUCACCUAGCUUCACAAAAUGGCCACGAAAAUGUUAUAGAGUACUUGACGACAGCUGGCGCCGAAAUCAAUUGCGCUAAUAAUAGAGGUUUGACACCACUUCACAUAGCUUCACAAAAUGGUCACGAAAAAGUUGUAGAGUACUUGACGACAGCUGGCGCCGAAAUCAAUCGCACUGAAAAUAAGGGUUGGACACCACUUCACCUAGCUUCACAAAAUGGUCACGAAAAAGUUGUAGAGUACUUGACGACAGCUGGCGCCGAAAUCAAUCGCACUGAAAGUAAGGGUUGGACACCACUUCACCUAGCUUCACAAAAUGGCCACGAAAAUGUUGUAGAGUACUUGACGACAGCUGGCGCCGAAAUCAGUUGCACUGACAUUGACGGUUGGACACCACUCCACAUAGCAUCACAAAAUGGCCACGAAAAUGUUGUCGAGUACUUGACGACAGCUGGCGCCGAAAUCAAUUGCACUGAAAAUAAGGGUUGGACACCACUUCACCUAGCUUCACAAAAUGGCCACGAAAAUGUUGUAGAGUACUUGACGACAGCUGGCGCCGAAAUCAAUCGCACUGAAAAUAAGGGUUGGACACCACUUCACCUAGCUUCACAAAAUGGCCACGAAAAUGUUGUAGAGUACUUGACGACAGCUGGCGCCGAAAUCAAUCGCACUGAAAAUAAGGGUUGGACACCACUUCACCUAGCUUCACAAAAUGGUCACGAAAAAGUUGUAGAGUACUUGACGACAGCUGGCGCCGAAAUCAAUUGAGCCAAUAAUAGUGGUUGGAAGUGGUCACACAGCUUCAUAAAAUGGACACGAAAAAGUUAUCAAAUAUUUGAGGACAACUGACGCUGAAAUCAAUCGCACUGAAAAUGACACCACUUCAUCUAGCUUCACAAAAUAGUCACGAAAAUGUUGUCAAAUAUUUGGUGACAAUCGGCGCCGAAAUCAAUCAUGCUGACAAUGCGGGUGUGACACCAAUUUACGCAGCUUUCGUCUGAGGGGCCACAAAAAAGUGGUCGAAUAGUUAGCAACAGUCGACACCAAAAUCAAUUGCGCUAGUAAUAGGGGUUGGACACCAAUAUGGCCAGGAACAAAUUGUUAAAUAUUUGACAACUGUCGGCGCCGAAAUCAUUCGCGCCAACAAAUACGUUGCGUCAUCCCUGUACUAUGAGGGACAUGGAAUUCUGCGCAGUCUGUUCUUGUCAUUUCAAAAAAUCUCAAUGUAAAUGCACCUUUAGCGUCAAUAUGAUUGAUAUUUUCGAAAAAACUGUCAAAUUAACUUUGAAAUAUAUCAGUUGGUUCGACAUGCCAGCUGUAUCAAUUUUUAACAAAUCUCGAGCAAUAGCUGCAUGUUAAUAUAAUUGGAACAAAUUUAAUAAAACUUCGACUUUGUCAGUGUCAGAAUGAGAUAUACGCCAAACAUUAAAAGCGUGGUUAUGAAUAGCUAAAACCUGGUUUAGAAAUUUUGACAAUUGUGUGACAUCUCUGCCCAGUUUUCCGUGUCCCCGAUGGUACAUAGCUUCCCAAAAUGGCCACAAAAAAGAAGGGGACUCGCUAGACGAGGUAUAACAUUUUUUUGGUUUUUUGUAUGAAAAAAUGAUAUUAAUAUUGAUGCAUCAUACAUCAAACUGCAGCUUUUUUCAUAUUCUAGACCGCAAAGACCAGUUCAAUUAAUUAAAAAAAUAUGACUGAGAAAUAUCGUACAAAAAGCACCAUUGUAUGUUGUUUUUUCAAGUUUUUUGAGUCAUAACCAUAAACCAUCAUAGGAUCGCUUGAAAAUUUGCACAUGGACGAAGCAUCACUUUUUACAGGGCGCAGAGUCGUUAAAUGUUUGUUAGUGGUACAAUUUGUUUAAAUAAUAAUGUGUUUAUUAAAAUUUGAUUUUAAUCUAAGUAAUCUAUUAUUAAGGAAGUUAACUUUUACGCAAUGAGGUAGGGGAAAAGUGCCUAACAUGAUCCCCUCAGGUCAAAUGAUCCCCAUCAAUUGUAAGAAAAUUUGUGGCUCUAUCUACCAAACAUAACUGUCAUUUGAUUAAGCGCUCUGUAAUUAGUACCUUCUGCACAGUGUGCCAAAAUAUGUAAAAUAAGCACCUCUGAUCUAAGGUAAGAUAUAUUUUAAAAGUCCAUUACUUCCAUUUGAAAGGUCUUAUAGCGGUGGUAGUUGUUUUGACAGAAUUAGAUACAUUUCAGUCGUACGUUAGUUAUGAUCUUUUUACCGCAUGUAAAAAUUGAAGGUUAGUUUACAAUUGUUGAAUGCGGAUGUGCUACCUAAGGCGAAAUGAUCCCUUUUUCUUGAGGCAAAAUGAUCCCGGAUCAUUGGGCGGGGCUAGUACCUGCUAAGAUAAGACUGAUUUUUGCAAAUCAUAUACCCUCUAAAAAAAGAGAGGGUGAGUGGGCGGGGCUAGUACCUGCUAAGAUAAGACUGAUUUUUGCAGAUAACAUAUUCUCUAACCCCGCCCACCUACUCUUUAUUUUCUUUGAGGGAAUACCAUUUGCCAAUAUCAGUUUUAUCUUAGCAGUACUAACCCCACCCACCCGUCCGUUAUUUUCUUAGAAUGUAUGUUAUUUGCCAAUAUCAGCCUUAUCUUGCCAAGCACUAGCUCGACCCAUCCGCCCUUUAUCUUGUUAGAGGGCUAGCACCUAAUAAGAUAAGACUGAUUUUCGCAAAUGACAUAUCCUCUAAGAAAAGAGAGGGUGGGU